UUCUUACUUCGUUAGAACUUGGAACCUUCAAUUUUUUUAAUCCCCAAUCUCGAUCCAUUGCUCCCUUUAAAUACGCUGCUCUUCCUCUUCCCCAAUCGCCCAUCUCCACCACGACCGCCUCAGCCUCAAGCUUGGAUUUCGAUCUUGCCGUGGUCGUCGCCAUGAGCGCUCUCGCCGCCACCAGUCGCAACUUCCGCCAGGCCGCUAGGAUCCUCGGCCUCGACUCCAAGCUCGAGAAGAGCCUCCUGAUCCCCUUCCGGGAGAUCAAGGUGGAGUGUACGAUCCCGAGGGACGACGGGUCCCUGGCGUCGUACGUUGGGUUCAGAGUUCAGCACGACAAUGCCCGCGGGCCGAUGAAAGGAGGGAUCCGGUACCACCAUGAGGUUGACCUUGAUGAGGUGAAUGCUUUAGCUCAACUGAUGACAUGGAAGACGGCUGUAGCAAACAUACCAUACGGUGGAGCAAAGGGUGGCAUUGGAUGCUCUCCAGGUGACCUAAGUAACAGUGAGCUGGAACGACUAACACGAGUAUUCACACAAAAAAUUCAUGACCUCAUUGGGAUUCAUACGGAUGUUCCAGCACCUGACAUGGGAACAAAUGCCCAGACCAUGGCUUGGAUCUUAGAUGAGUACUCCAAAUUUCAUGGCCACUCACCAGCAAUUGUAACAGGAAAACCAAUAGAUCUUGGUGGCUCGUUAGGUAGGGAAGCUGCUACAGGACGUGGUGUCGUAUACGCAACCAAAGCUUUACUGGCUGAACAUGAGAAGUCUAUUUCAGGAUCGACUUUCGUAAUCCAGGGAUUUGGAAAUGUUGGUUCAUGGGCUGCGCAAAUCCUUCAUCAGGAAGGGGGCAAGGUUAUUGCCAUUGGAGAUGUAGCAGGUGCCAUCAAGAACCCUAAUGGCAUUGACAUUCCUGCCCUGAUUAAGCAUAAAAACGAGGGCCAUGCUCUGAAGGACUUCAAAGGGGCAGAUCCAUUGGAAAAGGAUGAAUUACUCCUGCAUGAAUGUGAUGUUCUUAUCCCUUCUGCCUUGGGCGGUGUACUGCACAGGGGAAAUGCUGCUGAUGUGAAGGCCAAGUACAUUGUGGAAGCAGCCAAUAAUCCAACUGAUCCUGAAGCCGACGAGAUACUAUCUAAAAAGGGCGUGAAGAUACUUCCCGACAUAUAUGCAAAUUCUGGUGGUGUUGUUGUCAGUUACUUCGAGUGGGUUCAGAACAUCCAAGGAUUCAUGUGGAACGAAGAGAAGGUGAAUCAUGAGCUAAAGGAGUACAUGAAGAGUGCUUUCAAUAACAUCAAGACAAUGUGCCAGACCCAUGACUGCAACCUCCGCAUGGGCGCGAUCACCUUGGGAGUCAACAGGGUUGCCCGUGCAACUCUCUUGAGGGGUUGGGAAGCAUAAGAAGAAGAAUGCAUUUCGAUUACUUCUCUGCUAUACAUUAUAUAUAUAUAUAUAUAUAUAUAAAAAGAAGGAGAUUAUGAAAGACUCUAAUUUAUCUAUCUUAGCAAUUUAGCAUGUGAAGAGCUCUUCUGUAUUGCAGAGGAAAAUUUACCCAGUAUCUUUUUUAAUCUAUCAAUGAAAAUUCUUCGGCAGCAAUAUCUUUUAUUUUGCAA